AUGCUUUGCGGUUCGAUGUGCCCUCAAGGCUGUAACUGCUCGCAUGACGACAGUCGCACUGUACACUGUCGCGCGAUUCGGCUUGUUGACUUGCCAGCGUUGUUGGAUCCACGGACUCGGUCACUGAUUUUGAAGGAAUGUCAGAUCCAGAAAUUGGAUCCUGACAUUUUGGAACUAUAUCCUGAUCUUGAAUCACUUGAUCUAAGCGGCAAUAAAAUUGAAACCUUGCAAAGCGGUCAUUUUCGCUUUCAGACGAGCUUGAAAGAGCUGAAACUGAGGAGGAAUAGGAUUUCAAGGAUUCAACGUGGGGCUUUCGUCGGUCUUGGCAAUCUUGAGGUGCUAGAUCUGUCAGGGAACCGUAUAGUGGAUAUAGAAAACGACGCUUUGCAAGAACUACAGUCUUUGAAGUUGUUGGAUCUUGGUGUCAAUACGUUGCCUGGUUUUAAUACGGACACACUGAAUGGACUGAUCAAUGUGAAGACACUGAAUGUCUCAAAAAAUCGGUUUCAGUCUUUUGACUUGACCAGUCUCAAGCAUGUCCCUCAAUUGCAAAAUCUUGAUCUUAGCCAUAAUCUGAUCUCAGAAAUAAAAAUCAGCGGAAUGUCACAGAUACAGCAUAACUCGUUGUUGCGUCUUAACCUUAGCUCGAAUCUACUUUCUACGAUAGAUGAUUCUACUUUUGCUUCUGUUACACAACUGAGACAGCUAAGUUUGGACAAUAAUAUGAUUCGUAGCGUUGCAGCACUCGGACUUCGUCAGUUAUUCACCUUGGAAGAAUUGGAUUUGUCAUGGAAUUCUAUAGAGUCAAUUGGCACUUCUUCUUUCGAUGGCCUUGGAAAUUUAAAGAAACUUUGUCUUAGCCAUCUACACGAUCUCCGCUCAAUAGAGUUGAACGCUUUCUCGGGUUUAAAUUCUCUUCAAGUAGUUGACCUAUCGUCUUGCUAUUCUCUCAGAUCAAUUGAUGAUAGCGCUUUCGAAACCAGCGACAAAUUGGAAUAUCUUGACCUUAGUUUUUGCAACCUUCAGCAUCUUCAUAGCCAACUAAUAAACUGGUUUAGACUAAAAACGUUGCGGCUAAACGGAAAUCCUCUUCACUGUGACAACGACUUGUUAAAUUACCUUCCAGCGGUUUUGCGACAUUUUCACAUAAAUAUUCCUUGCGCUUCACCUGUUGAGUUGAGCCAUCAGAAUAUUGCACAUCUGAAACCGCAAAAAAUAUCAGAUAGUCGCAUCGGUCUGCUUCUUGGGAUUGUUGGCCUCUUGACGUUUCUGACAGUUGUAGCAGUAACCGCCUAUUGUUUAUACGAAAAAAAGAUUAAGUCGCGCCAAAAACUUGCAAUUCCGACUUACACGCCAUCCUCACUUAUUAACUCAACAACAUAUGACAAAGGCGAGCUACUGGCAAAACAAAUAUUUUAUUCUCCGAGCGAAUUUAGUGCUUGCACUGUAUCCACAUCAGACGAGGGCGAACAUUACAGUAGUCCGAUAUAUCCAACAGAAUCGGAGCAAAUCUAUGAAACACCUCAUCCACCUAGUCAGUUAUUAGGGAGUAACCUCCCAAAAAUGGCUCUGGUUGACGGCGUAGAACCAGUUUUAGCUCUUAAUGGUUUUUGUAGAGUUCUACCGUAUUCCUGUGUAACAGCUGAACGAUAA